UCCCCAGCGGAAAAUCCACUUUGAUAAAUUCUGUUCGUCAAGAAUCUUAUGCUUACCGCCACGGGACUUUGGUGAUUUUUACUAAAAAAGUAGACCACUUACCCAAAAGGUCCAUAUAAACUGGAAUGUCGUUUGAUUGGUUGCCAUGGUGGAAUCGCUGAUUAGCAACGUGUAUCAGUGUAUGGCCAUCGUCAAUCGAGUACUUCUAUCUGUCAAUUAAACAAACAAAUAUCGAUAUGUUCCCAAGAGAAUGAUAUUUUGUUUGAUACGUCUGUAAAUAAAGCGCGGACGUCGAGCAAGACGGUUCACAAAUCUGUAUGUUCUCUGAGUUUUGACUCGAUGCAAUCUUCACAACAUUAUAAGGAGCGGCGGAGUCGGCGGUCCUCGGAAACCAUUGUUUAUGACGAUGGAACAAACACAUUUUUGUGGCGGACACACACAGUUCUUUCUCUUCUAAUUAUUAUCUCAUUUUUAACUUAUACUGUCAUUACUGAAGAAGAAUCACAAGAUGUUGAAUACAAUGUUAAGAGAGGAAUUUGUGCUGGAGUUUUUAUGUUUCUUGCUAUCGGUGUAACACAAGUGAAGGAUGGACCAUUCAAAAGACCUCAUCCUAUAUUAUGGAGAUUUGUAUUCUGUGCGAGCAUACUUUAUGAAAUAGGAAUAUUGUUCAUGUUAUUUCAGUCUGUGGACCAUGCACGAUCUUUCCUAACAUAUAUUGAUCCUGAUUUGAACAAACCUCUUGAUUUUCGAGCUUACGGCGGCAACUGUACAAUAUGGGAUGCAGAGAAUGAGCGUGAUCCAUUGCACAAUGUUAUGGAUAAAAUGGAUGGAUUUGUAGCUGCUCAUUUCAUUGGUUGGUUUCUAAAGGCAUUGAUAUUUCGCAACAUUUGGAUGACAACAGUUCUCAGUGCUGUGUUUGAAUUACUCGAGUACACACUUGAACAUCAACUCCCAAACUUUUCCGAAUGUUGGUGGGAUCACUGGAUUUUAGACUUCAUUGUCUGCAAUGGUCUUGGCAUAUACUUCGGACUGAAGUGUCUCAAAUAUCUCUCAGUGAAGGAAUAUAAAUGGCAGGGUCUGUGGCAUAUUCCAUCUUACAGAGGAAAAGUUAGAAGAGUAGUUGGACAAUUCAGUCCUUAUAGUUGGGUGAAAUUUCAAUGGAAACCAACAGAGAAUCUUUUUAGAUGGUUAUUGGUGUCUUUCCAAAUGUUAAUGAUUCUUCUUGCCGAAUUAAACACAUUUUACCUCAAGUUUGUGCUGUGGAUGCCGCCAGAUCACCCAUUUGUAUUAACCAGACUUGUGUUUUUCUGGUUGUGGGGAGGUGUUGCAGUUCGUGAGAUGUAUGAUUACAUGGGAGGAGUUGCUCAUCAAUUCGGUCAACAAGCAUGGAUGGUUGUAAUGAUUAUCGCAACAGAGUUCCUCAUGGUUGUUAAGUUUGGAUGGAACACUAUCACACUGCCAUUCCCAGGAUAUAUCAAAGCCUUCUGGGGAGGUGCUUUUUUACUAUACAUCGCAUGGACAAUAUGGAAAUUUCAGAUGAAGUUUCCGAGGUUUAAAGCAAUGGUCAAAGAAACUACUUCAAAGGCCAUUGUAGACUGUGAUGCAGGAGAAUCCACCAGCAAUGAGGAAGAGGGCUUUGACUCAACAAGUUUAUUAGAUAACAACAGAAAGGCAAAACAUGUUCGACGAAGAGAUAUUCACUCCAAUGGAACACAUCAUGCAAUUCAAGAUUGAAUCGACAUCUUUUUUUACACCUUUUGUAUUCAUUUGGUCCACCAUAUACCACAAUCUUGACAAACUUUGCCCAUCAUUGAACGCUAUCCACCAACUCUGAGAGAGAAAUAGAUAGAUUCAGAAUGUAAUUUGCUAAUUACCUCAAGUAUUUGCUGCAUAAUAAAUGCUAUGCAAUGAGUUUCUGGUUUUUGACUCCUAAUCCUUGCAAAUAUGUCUAUAUUCUGAAUCAUUAUGGUACAAUGACUUGAUUAAAGACUAGCGCGUCACACUUAAUUGUCUAGAAGCUCUUACUUAGUUUUGUCCUCUCGUCAGCAGAAUUCAUAUGAGAACCUCUCAUUUGGAACUCACUUCUCAGAUCCUUGUAUACUACUAUUAGAAACAAAUACCCGAUAAAUUAAGAGGUUUGAUAACCUAGGUAUUCAUAUGUACAAAGAUAAGUCAUAGUCAAGUUUUAUUAUUUAUCAAGUAAAAAAAAGCAUAAAUAAAUCAUAGUUGGAUGCCGA